AUGGAGGGAGUGAUGAGCGAGGCGCCUCAGUCGUCUAUUAGGAAGAAGGAGUAUGAGGCAAGGAUGUCUAGGAUAAGGAGUAGGCAAGAGAAGGAGUUCAGGGAGAGGAAGAGUGCCAAUGCAAGAUAUGCAGAGGAGACGACGGAGAAGCUGUUGAACAAGUACUACGAACAGGAAAGAGAAAUUCUUGAAAAGAAGUCAAGCAUGAAGAAUGGAUUCUAUGUUCCAAAGGAGGCGGAGUUUUUUGCGGUGAUCUUGAUCAGGUCAAAGUGCAACUGCCCUCCUAAGGUUAGGAAAGUCCUGGAGCUUUUCAGGCUGAAGAGGAUCAACACCUGUGUACUUGUAAGGAACAACAAGUCGACCAGAAAGAUGCUCCAGAUAAUCAAGGACCAUGUCGCAUUCGGAACGAUUGGGAUGGAACUGCUCCGGAAGCUUGUGUACACAAAGGGGAGUGGAAGAAACGGGCAUGUCCGGGUCAAGCUUACAAACGAGUUCAUUGAGGACAUGUUUGAUGGGAAGAUCAGGUGCAUUGAGGAGCUCGUGCACCAUAUCUACAACGGAACUGAGAUGUUCAAGAAGGUCAACAGCUUUCUAUAUCCGUUCCACCUAAGCCCGCCCCGUGGAGGAUUCAAGGGACAGAAGUCCAAGAGUUUCAACGAUGGAGGCAGUGUUGGAAACCAUCAGGACCUACUGAGCAAUCUCCUUGAAAGGAUGAUUUAA